AUGGAGCAGCGGAGAUGGCUCGCGGCAGCCGUUUUGAUGUGCCUGCUGGUGCUUUGCUUCGGGAGAGCUCAGGGGUUCGAGGUGAUAGAGCUGAUUGUUGAUGUGAAAAAUUGCUUACAGGCAUAUGUUGGAUUUGCCAGAGACAUGAAUGCAGUUAUAGUUGUGUUCAGGGGCACUCAAGAAAACAGCAUUCAGAACUGGAUAGAAGACUUAUUCUGGAAACAACUUGAUCUCGACUACCCAGGCAUGCCUGAAGCAAAGGUUCACAGUGGAUUUUAUUCUGCUUACCAUAACACAACAAUGCGUGAUGGAGUUGUCAGAGGUAUUAAAAAUACUAGGGAACUGUAUGGUGAUAUUCCCAUCAUGGUCACAGGACAUUCCAUGGGAGGAGCUAUGGCUUCAUUUUGCGCCCUUGAUCUUGUUGUUAAUGUUGGGUUCAAGGAUGUGACACUCAUGACAUUUGGGCAACCUCGGAUUGGCAAUGCUAUAUUUGCUUCUAAUUUCAAAAGAUAUUUGCCGAAUGCAAUUCGAGUGACCAAUGCACAUGAUAUUGUACCUCAUUUACCCCCAUACUAUCACUACUUUCCACAAAAGACAUACCACCAUUUCCCACGAGAGACAGGUGAAUGGCAAAUCAGUUUUAGGAGAAGUUUUAGCAAUGGAGAUAUGUCUCUCUGGGAGGAUCUUCUUGAUCUCUUGGACAAUAUCUCCCUCUCUGAUGAAGAGGACAGAAUCUCCUGGGAGCUAUUGAAGUCUAAAGAAUUUACUACUAAAUCUCUACCGUUUGCGGACUCAUGGGGUGUAUGUGUAUGUGUCAUAUUCUUGGCUUGGACUUUUUCGGUGGACUUCUGA